AUGACUGUACAGGUUCCAGUAGUUAUCAUCGUCUUAUGGAUGAUUGUGGAGCUGAUUUCUGCAUCGAUCACACUUAAUAUGUUUCUACUGUACAACCUCUGCUAUGCAGCAAUUGCUGUUGACAUCAACAACCAAGGGGAAGACGCGUUCAAGCCUGACAUAUAUGGAAACUUAAUUGUUGGAGCGCAGGAUUACCAAAUUGAUGUUGAAAAUCCUUGUGUAAUUAUGAGUCAGGACAAAAGUAGAGAAUUUCUGCACUCAGGAAAUGACAAGGAUAAGUUUAAGUUCUUCUUCAAGGCUACUCUUCUUCAACGACUCAAAGAGUUGCUUGAGACAAUAAGAGAUCAGGUGCACAAGGAAGACUCUGAUGUUCAAGAACUGGAGAAGUCAAUUAAGCCAGUGAUGAGAGAACUUGAUGAAUUACGAGAGAAGAUAAAGAAUAUGGAACACAUAGAAGAGAUAGCACAUGAAAUUGAUAAUUUGAAGAAAAAGUUAGCCUGGUCAUGGGUUUAUGAAGUUGACCAGCAAAUUGAGGAACAAACAGUGAAACUCCAGAAACUCAAAGGGCGAGCUCCUGCGUGCCAAGAAAGAAUUGACCGAAAUACAGUUGUUAUUGAUAAACUGAAGAAAGAACUAAUUGAAAAGGAAGAAAAUCUCAGAUCUUUGGUGGGUAAGACUCGUGAAGAGAACAACAUGAAGAAAAGUAUGGAAAAUAACAUUGCUGAGGCUGUGAAGCGGGAGAUAGAACUAGAGGCGGAGCAUGAGCGUGGUGCACACAUGCUGCAGAGAAAGAAUGGCCGCCUGAAUCAAUUGCAGGCACAACUUCGUGAUUUCCAAAUGCAGCAUAUGCAAUCUACUCAAGCUGAGGCAUCUCAAAUGGAGAAAGAUAUGCAGAACAUACAACAACAGAUUGAUUAUCUUCAUUCAAAUGUUACAAGGUAUGUGACGCCCCCGAUUCAAUCGUAG